UAAAUUACUCUGUGAAAAACGAAACGAGAUCAAAAGAGAAGGAAGUCAAUUAGUAUAAAAGUGGAAGACCUAAUACAUUUCUUAUCCAUAUAUUGUAUUAUUAUAAAUUAACUCUUUCAUAUUGAAUUACAUUUAUUUUCUGUUAAAGUAAUCAAAAUAGAGUAAGAACGCUGUGUUCAUGUUUGUCUUUUAUUUGAAUGGUCAAAAUGUGGGACUCUCCGUACUUGACUUGUUUGGUGCUGUAUAUAUUUUCUUUUCAAAUUAUCAUUACAAAUUCUCGCACUUCGAAUAUUUGGAAGCUAAAUGUGGAAGAAGAUCAAAUUGUUGAUGGAUCUACAUUGCCUCAGGAUGACACUGAUAAAUCAAAAAUGACCAAAGAGGACUCAAUUUUUAAUAUAAUAACGUCUACAGUUUACUAUGGUAAUACUUGGACAAAACAUGGCUUUGAUAUGUUUUGCACAGACUGUCAGUUAUAUGAACAACAGAGGGCUGGUACAGACCCAAGUGAUGAAACUACAUCAACAGAAACAAAUGAUGAUGCUGAUGAUGAAUAUUUAGACUGUGGCAAAGCUGUGAAUUUCACAUAUUAUGACAAUUUAGUUGGUGUGGCAAGAAGACACAGGCAUCCAAAUGUGCCUGAACCACAGGUUGCCCUCAUAUUUACAAAGAAAAAGUCCUUCAAAAAUGGUGUGACAGAGCUAGACAUAAAUGCACUUGAAAAGCGAUUGAAAAAAGCCAAGAGGGAAAAACCGAAGUCAGUACAAUUGUACAAUCAGAUUGGUAAUUUCUGGCGAAUUAAGGGUGACACUCGACAGUCAAUUGAAUGCUUCAGACGUGCCCUUGCAGUAUCACCUUAUAAUGCCGAGGUGCUGCUGAAUUUGGCGCGGGUGCUGUUCACACUACAGUACCUUGAUGAUGCCAUCUACCUAACACGACGUUCACUGGAAGUGCAACCGCCCGAUCGCAGCGCGUGGCAGCAAUAUUUCACACUUGGAGAAAUAUUAAAGGCAUAUGGACAUUAUCAGGAAGCUGCUGUACAUCUGAGACACACUCUCGAUUUGAGGCCAGAUUUUGAACCAGCGCUGGCUGCUUUGAAGGAUAUAGAAAAUAUACCAGAAGCAUCAGUUCACGUGUACACACUUCUAAUAAUUGUUUGCCUGGUGAUGGGAGUACUCCUAGUAAUACUGUCGUCAGUAGACAACGGUGGCGACGUAGAAGAACACAAAACCCAGCGUCACUUCAACCGGGCGAUGGCUAUGCGUUCGCUUCGUGGGGUCGCGCUCGCCGGCUCACGAGGUCGUAAGAAAGGGGGCUCCUAAACAAGACGUAUCUCAUGCGAUUGGCCUGAGUUUGCUAUCUCUAGUUGAGUAUUCCUAGUCCAUCAAUGUAUUCUUAGAGUUUUAUUACGAACUAAGCUUUUCCUUAAAUACUGUCAUGAACUUUUAUAACGGCGUGUUUGUGUACCAGCUCAAUCUCAAUAUCUAAUUACUUAUUUUAUCUAUAUAUAAUGAAAGAAAAUUGCACUAUGAACUGUAUCUCCUAUCAUUACUACCGCUUCAGGGUCUUUUGAGAAAAUUAAGUGUCUGCUUAACAUUUCACAACUAUUAUUUUUCACAAAUUCUACUAGGUAUAUUGUAGUAAAAAGUAUUUUGCCGUUUAAAAUUUGAUAGGUUGUGAUAUCUUUUUGUGUUCAGAGAUGACAAACUCAGGCAUACAAUUAUGAAAUUUAGAUUUUCUCGCAUUAAAAAAAUUACGAGUGAUAUCAAUAAAGAUAUUUAUUUAAAUAACAUUGCUAUUCAUGCAUGCAAAAAGGAAAACUGAUACAUUGUGACACUGUUCUGUUACAUCCACUUUUACAAACUGAUAUUAUAUUACUGUGUUGAUAAGUUAACAGAGUAAAUUAUAAAAUACUGCAAGCUUUAAAAUGUUUCACAGGAUAAUGUUUAUUGGAAUUUUUAAAUUA